CUAUUAUUCCCAUCUGUCCCACUCCCCAUCUUGCAUACAAUCACCCUGUCCUCCUUCUCUGGUUUCUCGCUGAGCGAAAACCUGUUUCCACUACAUACAUCCUACUCUCUUCCACUCGUACAUAUUUUCUCGUUGCAAAUAACAUAUUCAAAAUGGAUAAGAUUAAGGAGAGAAUGAACAACCUCCGCCUUGAGGCCGAGGAGGCUCAAGAGAAGGUUGAAGAACUCAAGACCAAGGUUAAGACGUUGGAGCAGGAGAACCUGGCCAAGGAGCAGGAGAUUACAUCCCUCAACCACCGGAACCAGCUUCUGGAGGGUGAGGUGGAGAAGCUUGAGACUGCCCUCAAGGAGGCCAAGGACGCUGCCAACCAGGGCGCCCAGCACGAUACCCAGAAUGAAGCCCUCCAGAGACGUCUGCAGCUCCUGGAAGAGGAGGCCGAGGAUGCCGACAAGAACUUGCGCGAGACGAACGAGAAGCUCCGCCAAACCGACGUCAAGGCUGGUCACUACGAGCGCAAGGUGCAGGCCCUCGAGGCUUCUCGUGACCAAUGGGAAAGCAAGUAUGAGGAGAUGGCCAAGAAGUACGCUGAGCUGCAGAAGGAUCUCCACGACCUUGAGGUCUCUAUCAGCAAUGUCUAAAAGGCCAGCGUGGCGAAGUGCCGGCAAACGGGGGACCCAGCAUCUCUUUUUCCACAUAUACUAUUCUUUUAGCUUUCUAUCCCUCUGCACAUCACAGCCUGAUUUCUUACGUUCCUGUCGGCAGGAAGCGGCUUUGGCAGUCUCUGUCCGUCUUGUCAUCUAGCUGGUUUGUCAUCGAUCCCACCAACCGGUUCUCCGCUCGUCCUUGCAACCUUGUUUAUCUUUUGACUCGACGUCAAACAUUUUCAUCAUUGCCACGAGAGGUACAUAGAGUAUAUUUAAUAGGAGUGUCCAUGUGCGUUGUCACCAUAUGUGAAGAUUAUGAAAUGCAAGCUCCAUGCUCAUGAACGUUCGCGUCGAGCGUUUGCCUUU